GCUCUUCUGUCUGGGUGCUCUGCGGGGGGGUUAGCUUCUAUAUUACACUGUGAUGAGUUUCGGAAUUUAUUUCCAAGUAGUACAAAAGUGAAGUGCCUGGGUGAUGCUGGAUUAUUCUUGGAUGCGGUUGAUGUAUCUGGUAAACGCUCCCUUAGGACUUUGUUUGAAGGUGUGGUUAGUUUGCAGGGGGUGCAAAAAAACCUGCCACACACUUGUACUAAUCACCUCGAUCCAACUUCGUGCUUCUUUCCCGAGAACUCAAUUGCAGCGAUCAAAACUCCUAUGUUUCUUCUCAAUGCAGCCUAUGAUUCAUGGCAGGUCCAGGCCAGCCUAGCUCCCCCGUCAGCUGAUCCUUAUGGCGUCUGGCAUGACUGUAAAAUGAACCAUGCUCGUUGUUCAGCCUCACAGAUCCAAUUUCUUCAAGGCUUCAGGAAUCAUAUGCUGAAUUCAAUAAGAGCCUUCUCAAUAUAA